AAAGAUCGUCUUUUUCAUCUAAUGGUGAAAUCAUCUUCGGAGGCGUUUUGGGGUUUAGAUCGGAUCGUUAAACCCUUGCGCCUCUUGGUGGUUCAUCUCUCCCUCCUUCAGAUCGAUAAGAGAUGGUGGAAACAUUAGCCAAGUCUUCAUCAAAAAAAGCUAGUGCGAAAGAAAUUAUCAGUCAAGUUUUAGCUUCUGGAUUGUUGUCUAGAAAUCAGAAGGCUCAUGGCACCAAAGGCGCUUCUACUACUCGGCACAUUGAGCAUGACUGCUCGGAGGACCUAGCUGGUAUCAGUGAUGCUGAGGUGGUUGGUUAUCUGAAUAAUAAGAAGGAAUUCCUUCUGAAGAAGAUUCUAUGGGAACAAAUGAACCGGGACUACAAAAAGGGGAGGAAAAGGAAAGACGCCACCAAGAAAAAGAAGACUGCUCCUGCUAAUAAAACUGAUCCAACAAAGAAAACUAUGAUAAAUGCAAACACAAGUUGUGCAAAAAAUGAACUUAAAAAGAGGCUGAGUCCACAGAUUGAUUAUGAUGCCUUGGAGAAGCUAUUUGAGUCUGAGGAGUCUCCUAAAAGGGCUAAGCUAGAGAAGCCAGAAGCUGUCAGCCAUCUGAAGGAAGAUUCAGAGCAAGCUAAAUGUGAAGAAAGCCUUUCAGAAUCUCAGAAUUUUGACGAAGGAACAGACAUCAAUGAGUUUGGCAAUGACAAUUGCUGUGCAGGAGACAUGCAUGGAGAUGGAGGAUACUACGGUGUGGAUCUCCAAGACCAAGAUGAAGGAGAGGAGUAUGAUAACUACUACAACAAUUUUGGUGACGAGUAAGAAAUCUGAGUCCGGACCAUUUUUGCAGAGCAGCUGGUUACAGAAAAUAGGAAUUGCCACCGGUUCUUGAAGCUCAAAUUUUGGUUCUUGAAUACUUUUCAUAACGAGAUGAGAAGAUGUUUUUGAUUCACAUAAGUUGAGAGUACAAUUAUAUAUGAGUUCACCCAUU